GUGUAAUCCAUAAAACCACAACUGAGGACGGCGGACCUCUAGAAGACACGCAUGCUGACUGGAUAAUUGUUUUCUCGCUAGGAGUUUUAAAAAAACAAACCAAAAAACAGGCUCAACGAUGCAGACACAUUCAGUGCAGAGCUUUGCAGUCGUUUUGGCACUGCUACUCACCCCGCUGAAGAGUACGAAAGCUCAGAGCUUUCAAAGCGCGUUUCCACAGCCAAACAAACACAGCCCGAAUGAAUCAGCGACGUGUGUACAGCCCCCUCUUAUUGGAUUAAUUUCUCGCGCAACGGGGCCAGUAACCUCAACAUACGAAGUGCCGGAGUCCAGCCAGGAAGCGCUGCACGUCACAGAGCGUAGAUACCUGCGGCUGGACUGGUGUAAGACACAGCCGCUCAAGCAGACCAUAGAGGAGGAGGGCUGCCUUCGCCGCACCAUCAUUAACAGGUUUUGCUACGGACAGUGCAACUCCUUUUACAUCCCGCGGAACAAGUACCAGGACGGAAACGCCUUUCGCUCCUGUUCGGCCUGCAAACCCAAAUCCUUCAGCACCGUCACAUACACCCUCCUCUGUCCGGGACAGACGCCCAGCACUAAGAGGAAACGAGUCCAGCGCGUAAAGCUGUGCCGCUGCACUACUAUCGAUAUGGAUUAGCCACAAACUAAAAC